AUGCGAGUGCAACAAUCAAACGAGCCUGCGUUUAAAGAGAAGAAACUACGGAAAAGCAGCGCAAUAAAAGAACCUGUGAGAAACCACUACCAGCAACCUCCGCCACCCCCUCCACCACCCGAAUCUCCUCCUCCACCCCCUCCACCACCCCUUGAGGACGACGGAGAGAUUGAGGAAGUGGAAAUGGAGGAUGAGGAGUCAGAGCCUCCCGCUCCUGGAACAGAAGAGUUCAAGGCGGCUGAGGCAGCUGCAUCUUUGGGACUCGCAGCCAAAGCCCUGAAACGCAAGGCCCCAGGCUCAGUCUCGCUGCCCAAAACGGUCACCAUCGGCAGCAGCGCCAUUCUUUACACUCAACCCAUUGUCACAGCCACUCCACUUCUAGUUGGAAAUGCUUACUGGGGGAUGACAACUGCCGUUGCACCUCCUCUGCCUACAGAGAACAUAGUUCCACCAAUGCCAGCCCUGCCGCCCCAACCACCCCCUCCUGCCCCACAACCUCCCAGCACCCAGGAACCGAUAAGCAAAGCACUCACAGACAAAACAAAGAAACAAAAGAAAGAGAAGACAAAGAAGAGCAAGACAAAGAUGCCUUCCCUGGUAAAGAAGUGGCAGAGCAUUCAGAAAGAGCUAGACGAAGAAGAGAAGUCUAGCUCCAGUGACGAAGACCGAGAGCAGCUCAACAACAGACGCAUUGAGGAAUGGAAACAACAGCAGCUUGCAUCAGGGAAGGCUGGGAAGAAUGCUAACUUUGAAGCACUUCCUGACGACUGGAGGGAAAGACUGUUAAAGAAACGAAAGAUGAUGCAGAGUUCAUAACACACUCAAAGACACUAAAUGGAGAGACUCUGGCAGAGGUGGACUGAACUGUGCUGUUGUGUUGUGACCCACUUGCCAAGCUUCAGUGGAUUUAGUUGGGCAAACUUGAAUGAAUGUUUCUUUUUUAUAUAUAUAUAAGCGCACAUUCAACUCUGUGCUGUUAAAUUCAAAUGAAUCAUCUUGUGUCUAAAGGUAUACUUUGUUAGUGGUUGUUGUAAGAUAAUAAAACAGCCUCUAAUGUCUGGAAGUUAUUUUAAAGAUGCAGUGAACCUGAAAAAAAAAAGGUUAAACGUGUACAGAAACUUUUGUUCUACUUUUUUAUUAAUCCAACCAUGAAACCUGUGCACUGUUUCUGUAAAUUAAAAUGUAAUGAAUCAAUAUUAAAAGACUGUUUCAUUUCUUUAUUUUUUAUUUUUUCAGAGCAGUUCUGUUUCUCGGAAAGAAAAAGUUUUGUACAACAUCAAGGAUGCAAACCAUCAGCUGUACAAUGUGUUCUGCACUGUCACGUCAGUGCCGCACCUGUGUGGCUAACAGUGUUUUAAAAGCUAAGCUUCAAAACCAGUUUCAUUUAUACAUAUAGAAAAGAACAGACCGCUGUUAGCUAAAGGUUUCAGCCAUGCCUCCAAAAUCAUAGUUGAGACUGUUGACCACUCCACUUGCACUUUAAAGUAUGCUUCAUAUGUGUACUAUCUUUUUUUUUUCCCCGUUGAUAUUGUGAUAGUCAUGUGCCAACUUAUUGUUUUUUUGUCUCACUAAUAUUAAUGAACAUUGUUCACUUUUUUUUUUCUUUUAAAAUUAAAAAUUGAUAUAAAUGUUGCCGAACUGGGGCUGUUGAGUCAUCAAACCUUUUUCUACAUUGUAAAUAAUAAUAAAAAACAAUUUCCACAAAUA